AUGACGAACAAAGUGCAAAGUGAAGAGAACGUGGCGGGCCACCACCACAUUGACAAGUUUCAAAGACUGUCGUUGGGCUGCCUCACCACCAAGCACCCCAUACGAAGGAUAUGCAUCCGAAUUGUCACAUGGAGGUGGUUUGACCGGUUCAUCGUCGCCUGCGUCAUCUUCAACACAGUUAUCCUCGGCUUGACAGACUACACAGACGCGUGGGCCGACGGCCCCAAUACCACGAUCUGGAUCAACUGGUUUAUUGACAGCUGCAACGGCAUCAGCUUUUACAUCUUUCUUGCCGAAGCCACGUUCAAGAUCAUCGCGAUGGGGUUCUGUUUUGGCCAGCGUGCGUACCUGAGUGAAAGUUGGAACAGACUUGAUUUUGUCAUAGUCACGUCAGGGUUCUUGUCCAUUUUGAACAUCAGAGGCAUCAAAGUUGGGUUCAUUCGAGUUCUCCGCGUGAUGCGACCCCUACGCACACUUCACUCUCUGCCUGCAGGCCUGAAAGUCCUGACGAAUUCGUUGCUGGCCAGUUUACCAGCCCUCGGGAAUGUGUUUGUGUUGCUCAUGUUUUGCAUGCUUGUGUUUGGCAUCCUUGGCAUGGAAAUCUAUCGAGGCGCGUACCACUUUCGGUGUCGGGUGACGCCCUACCCCGUCGUGUUACCGCCCAACGGCACGUUCAACUACCCCCCGAAUGCGUCGUACAUUUCGCUAGUCCAGCAGUCCCCCGACCAGUUCCAGUGCCUCUUUCCCAACGGCACGCAAAUCUCUAAACUCAACGACGUAUGGGAUGAGCCCAUGGAUUGUUUUUGGCCCGUGGAUGCUUCGGAAGUUAUCCCUAUGGUAUGCAAUCAAGAGCUUGGCAUUGGUCGGCAAUGCCAAGGCAACACAGUGUGUGGCUCCAACUUCGACGAACGGGGCAAUCCGCGCUUCAACUACCUCCUUCAGCCGCCUUGGAACGGCAACAUGAACGAUGACGCGCUAUUUAAUUCCAACUUGAACUAUGGGCUGGCAAGCUUCGACAACCUCGGGCGAACGUGGUUGAUCUUGCUCCAAACAAUUACAGCAUCGGGGUGGAUGGUGCUCACUCAAACAACACAAGGCACAGCCAGCCCCGUGGUCGCGGGCAUCUACUUUACCGCGUUGCUGUACAUUGGCAUGUGCUUUUUGCUACAGCUAAACAUGGCCGUGCUAUUUACCGAGUUUGAAAAAGCCAAAGACCAGCAAGCCAAACUCAUGCUCAAGGCAGAGAACAAGUUGGUGUCUCAACUGACAUUUGGGUUUCCCAUGCGUACAAUGCAUCGCCUAGAGAACGCCCCAGGAAUGAAAUUGCUGACCAGAGUGUCGGUGGCGGCUGCCAUCCACGGAGACAUCGUCGUGCAGUCGACAAUAGGCCGGCGAAUGCAAGCGUGGCGCGAGUGUAUUUUCCGCAUCGUGAGCUCCAAGCAUUUUGUGAAUUGCGGCGUCGUAGCCACGGUGGCCAACAUCCUCAUCUUGGCCGCGGACCACCACGACAUUCCGAUUCGGACUAAGCAGGCGUUCGAGAUUGCCAACUUUGCGUUCAUGAUGUACUUUGGCAUCGAGUCGACAUUGAAGAUCUGGGGUAUGGGGUUGUCUCGGUUUUGGAAGGACAAGUUUAACCGAUUUGACUUGCUGACGUUUGUGAUGGGGGCGAUCGAAGCGGCGUUGCACCCACCGUCGUUUGUGGAUGGCACGGUGGGGACCGCGGGGUUUUUCACAGCGUUUCGCGCGGCCAGGGCGUUCAAGCUAGCGCGGAUGUGGAAGUCACUCAAUCAACUGCUCACGGCGAUUCUGCAAUCGCUGGGCGAGAUCCUCAACUUUUUGCUGUUUCUGCUCUUGUUUUUGCUCAUUUUUAGCCUCGUGGGCAUGGAGCUGUUUGCCACUCGAUACCAAUUCGACCCUGACAACUACCCGAUGUCAUUUAACAACUCGAACCCGCAAACGAGGCUGCACCGAUCCAACUUUGACUCGCUCCCGUGGGCCGCAUUCACCGUGUUUCAAAUCCUCACGUAUGACAACUACCCCGCCGUCAUGUAUGACGGAUGGAUCGCCGUGGGCGCGUGGUCCCCCCUGUACAUGUCAAUUGUAAUUAUCCUUGGGGUGUUCAUUGUCAUGAACAUGUUUUCCGCCAUCUUGGUGCAAAGUGUCAUGGACGGCAACGGCGACGAAUUGCCUUCCCCGAACGACGUCGACGCCGGACCCCACGGAGACCAAUGUGCAAGGUCCAUUACCCAUCAACGGCAGUCGUCUAUUGGCACAAAAAGCGUACGCGUGGCCAAGAGAGCGAUGCGGAAACUCUUGCGACUGCACAUCGUGCACGCGUUUCAACCAAUGCGACAUGUUUUGGAUGGCCCGCCGGCCCAUCUUGUUCCACGCGGCAAGAGCCUACUGCUCUUCUCCCACAGGAAUCCCAUUCGAAAGUUCUGCCACUACAUUCUCAACCGACCAGAAUACACAUACGUGAUGAGCUCGAUCAUUUUCGUGUCGUGCGUGGGUACGGCGUUGGAUUCGCCGCUGCAAGACCCCACCAAGGGCCUUGGACUCGUCUUGGACACGUCCAAUUUGGUGUUUGCCGUCCUCUUUUCCACGGAAAUGGCGCUCAACGUGAUCGCCCGGGGGUUCAUUCAAGGCCCCGAUGCGUUUGUGAAAGACUCGUGGCGACUCCUCGACGGGUUCAUUGUGUUUGUGUCUGUGUUGCCGUUUUGUUUGGGCAAUACCAAGAGCGGCGCGUUGUCUGGCCUGCGGUCCCUUCGGGCGUUCCGGGCGCUGCGCCCCCUCCGCGUGAUCAACAAACUGCCGUCGUUGAAGAUCGUCGUGAACACGUUGUUCCGGUGUAUUCCAGACAUGGGCCGGGCGCUCAUGUUUGCGUUCUUCAUGCUGUUUCUGUUUGGCCUCAUGUCCCUCGCUUUGUUCAAAGGCGCACUCCACACGUGCUCUGUGAGUCCGUACAAUUAUGGCCUCGGGACCGGCACCCCCGUCAACCCCCCGUGGUUCCCCACGGAUUACACCGGCGACUUUAACAUUGUCAAUGUGACAGUGUUGGGGGAGUUGGACGUGAUGACGUUUCCACGGCCGUGGACUGACUUGACCGAGCCGCAAAGAGAAGUGUUGCGACCCGUGUGGAACCAGCCCGGCUGUGGCCCCUUUGCCGACGACUUUACGCCGACAUCGCGAGACAUUUGCCUGUGCUUUGCCAAGCAGAAUGGCACGUCGUGGAAGCCUCAGACACCGCAGAGCUUUGACAAUAUUUUGGCGGCGAUCGGUGGGUUGUACGAACUGACGACCAUGGAAGGAUGGACGAACGUGGCGUUGGCGUGUGUCGACGCUGUGGGGGAAAAUAUGCAGCCGAUUGCCAACUACAACCCGAUCAUCAUGGUGUACUGGUGGCUGUACAUGAUCAUCUGCGCGUUUUUCAUCACGAACUUGUUCAUUGGCGUGUUGUGCGACAGCUUUACGCGUGAAACGUACGGGGCAAUUGUCACGGACGAGCAGAUUCAGUGGAUCAAACUCCAAAACAAAGUGCUGGCGCUGGCCCCCCAGCGCGUGCACCCGUGCCCCAAGACCUACCCCCGAAAGGGGUGCUAUAAAGUGGCCACGUAUAUGUAUUUCGAGCACUUUAUAACGGUCGUGAUUCUCGUCAACACGGGGUGUAUGGCGACGCAGUACUUUGGCGCGAGCGUGACCACGACGGAGACGUUGAACUCGUUGAACUUGGCGUUUUCUGUCAUCUUUACUGUCGAGGCGGCAGUUAAGUUUGGCGGGUACGGGCUCGCGUACUUUGAAGACGGCUGGAACCGGUUUGAUUUUCUCAUUGUCGUGUUUACGAUUCUGAGUCUGAUUCUGCAAAGCAUGGACAUCAACGUUGGGUCGGCUGCCACGGUCGUGCGCGUGUUCCGAGUUGGCCGCGCCUUGCGCCUCAUAAAGAAAGCGCGGAUCAUGAAGAACCUGUUUGACACGCUCAUUGUAUCGCUGCCAGCUGUCGUGAAUGUGGUGAGUUUGCUCAGCUUGCUGUACUACAUCUUUGCUGCUGUGGCUGUCCAAUUGUUUGCCAAAACCGCGUUCGACGGCAACAUGAUCAACGAAAACCAAAGUUUCCAGAACUUUUGGACGGCGUUUCAAACGCUGAUUGGGUUUUCCACGGGUGAAAACUGGGACAACUUCACGUGGGAAAUGUACAACCAAGUGCCAGCCACCAACCCGACUUGCGAAGAUCGAUCGUAUAACGCCAGCAUGUGCGGCUUCAACGACACGUACGGGUGUGUCCCACUGGAUGGGUGUGGCUCGUGGCUGAUUGUCCCGUUCAUGUAUGUGUUUUACUUGAUUAUGGGGUACAUUGGGAUCAACUUGUUUUCGGGGAUUGUCGUCGAUGCCAUCGGUGACUCGUCCAGUGAUUGCCCUGUAAACGUCAACACGUUGGCGGAAUUCUCUGACCGAUGGGCCGAGUUUGAUCCGUCCGGCACGGGAAUCAUCACGGCCGACGAACUCACUGACUUUUUGUACACGGUGUACCCGCCAUUUGGGUUCAAGGGUGUGCCAGGGUUCACUCGUCGUCGGGUUGUGAUUGCCAUCGGUACGUCCCAACGACAUUUCAGUUGAAGUUCAAUGCCAAAGGGGAAUUGGACAUUCCAGUGUACGAUCAAAAGUACGUUCAUUUCAAAGACGUCCCGCGUGCGCUCGUACAGCGUGUGUUGGCAGAGGGCAACCGCGAAAAGCACGCUGAAAUCACCCAAGUCAUGGAACGACUUGGGGCCAACAAACAGUUUGACGAAAUGUGGUUUCGAAACCAUGGCAAGCGACACCAAGCCAACCUCCUGCAACUCAACAAGUCGCAUGUCAAGGAAUAUACAGCGUCGAUUGUCAUCCACCGGUUCCUCGCGCGCCUUCGACUCAACCGGGCGCGAAACCUAUCAAAGCGAAAUCUUCGACGGGCGGCGUUCUCGCCGCCCAUUGAAGAGGAAAACGAUGGCCCGGAGAUCCUUGUACCAGUGAGGGGUCGUCCAACAUUGAUCCUGCCUCAAUCUGGUUCAGCAUUGCCGUCACUGGAACGGCCAGUACUACACAAGGCAUGUGGACUUACCGUGUCGACUCAAACAGACUUUUCAACCGCGUUGCUACCAACCGCCCAUGGCGGUUUGCCAAUUACUACUGACCAGGCGUUGUCGUCUCCGACUGAAGCAGACGUCCGCUUGGCGUCAACGGGUUUGUUCACCAUGGUGAACGAACUGACAUUGCCCAUCCCAGCCAACUUUUCACCUCAGACCUCGCUUCCCGGCCGAGCCACCGGAGUGGCUACUGGAGGGCCACCGAUGUAUCCACCAGGUCCGGAACUGUCAAUGCUCACUGUACCACAUGGUCCGCCUAUGGCAUUAAACCAUGUUUUGUCCUCGCCAACUAAAGCAGACGUCUCAUCGCUCCCGUCUCCAGAUUUCACAGCACCUAUCGAUGCAACCGAUCCCCUGUCGCCUCCGACAGAAACCAAUUUAUUCCCUGGGGGCCCUGCAGUUGCAGAUACUGCUCGGCCGCCGCACGAUACCACAUCCACACCCCAAACCCCUCCGCAUGUGGCCCACCCUCCUUGCGAACCCCCAUCACCUUCAAGCGCCUCUGCGCAACAAUAAUUAAUAAUUUAACUUUCGUUUUUAUGUGGCCGG